CAACACCACUCCACAGUCCACUCUGAGAGUGAAGCAAAAAUUCUCAAAUGAUUUACAGAACCAUAGCAUCCAUAGCUCAAAGAGACAGAAACUUCUUCAUAAGCUUAAUCAACCAAGCUACAACUCUCUCCCAACUCAAUCAAAUCCACGCAAAUCUCAUCCGUAAUGGCUUAAGCAACGAUCUCAUCACAAUCACUAAACUAACACACAAAUUUUCCGACUUCAAAUCCAUUUCCAAAGCCAAAAAUCUCUUCACCACCUUCAAUAACACAAACCCACCUGAUCUUUUCCUAUAUAAUGUAUUAAUCAGAGGGUUAUCGCGUAAUGGGUUAGGGGUUGAAGCGUUGUCCCUUUAUCUUGACCUUCUUAAAGGUAGUAAACUUAAACCUGAUAAUUUCACUUUUGCUUUUGUUGUUUCGGGUUUUUCGUCAUCUGGGUGUGAGAAAGUUGGGAUUUUGAUUCAUGGGCAUGUGAUAGUUAGUGGGUUUGGUUCGGAUGUGUUUGUUGGGUCGGCGUUGGUGGAUAUGUAUAUGGAUUUUUCAAGAAUUGGUCAUGCGUAUAAGGUGUUUGAUGGAAUUCCUGAAAGGGAUAGUGUUUUGUGGAAUACGAUGGUUUCUGGGUUGGUGAGGAAUUGUUGUUUUGAGGAGAGUAUACAGGUUUUUGGUGAUAUGGUUGGGAGAGGGACGGGGUUUGAUUCGACUACGUUGGCUGUGGUACUUACUGCUGUUGCUGAGUUACAGGAUUUGAGGAAUGGAAUGUUGAUACAUUGUUUGGCUGUUAAGAUGGGGUAUGAUGUUCAUGAGUAUGUUCUUACUGGUUUGAUUUCGAUGUAUUCGAAAUGUGGGGAUAUUUUUACUGCUAAAUUGUUGUUUGGGAUGAUAAGAGAGCCUGAUUUGAUUUCAUGUAAUGCGAUGAUUGCUGGUUUUUGUUUUAAUAAUGAGAAUGAAUCUUCAGUGAGGUUAUUUAGAGAAUUGCUUGUUCAUGGGGAGAAAGUUAAUUCUAGUACUAUUGUUGGUUUAAUUCCGGUUUCUUGUCCUUUUGGUCAUCUGACCCUUACAUGUUCUAUCCAUGGUUUUUGUGUGAAAUCUGGGAUGGUAUCGAAUCCUUCAGUUUCUUCUGCUUUGACUACAGUUUAUAGUCGACUCAAUGAAAUGGAAUUGGCAAGAAGGCUGUUUGAUGAGUCCCCAAAGAAAAGCUUAGCUUCAUGGAAUGCCAUGAUAUCAGGUUAUGCCCAAAAUGGGUUAACAGAAAUGGCUAUAUCUCUCUUUCGGGAAAUGCAGAAGUUAGAUAUCCAUCCGAAUCCUGUCACAAUCACAAGUAUACUUUCUGCAUGUGCUCAACUUGGAACAUUAAGUAUGGGAAAAUGGGUCCAUGACUUAAUAAAGAAGGAGAAAUUUGAGUCCAACAUUUACGUGUUAACUGCUUUAGUUGACAUGUAUGCAAAGUGUGGGAAUAUUGAGGAGGCACGGCAAGUAUUUGACAGCAUCACGGAGAAAAAUGUGGUUACUUGGAAUGCUAUGAUUUCAGCUUAUGGCCUGCAUGGAUGUGGUCGAGAGGCAUUGGUGCUGUUUGAUCAAAUGCUUCAUUCUGGAGUUUCCCCAACUGGUGUCACUUUCCUCUGUGCUUUGUAUGCUUGUAGUCAUGCCGGUUUAGUAGAAGAAGGUCAGAAGAUAUUCCAUUCUAUGAGUCAUGCUCAUGACACUGAACCAUUACCGGAACAUUAUGCCUGCAUGGUGGACCUUUUGGGCCGAGCUGGAAAACUAGAAAAUGCUUUGGAAUUUAUUUAUGAGAUGCCUCUUGAACCAGGUCCAGCUGAGUGGGGUGCAUUACUCGGUGCAUGCAUGGUCCACAAAAAUAUUGACUUGGCUCGCUUGGCUUCGGAUAAGUUAUUUGCGAUGGACAGAGGAAGUGUCGGAUAUUAUGUUUUACUUUCAAACAUCUAUUCAGCAGACCGCAAUUAUUGUCAAGCUGCUUCAGUUAGGAAAGUUCUUAAGAACAAGAAUCUAGCGAAGACCCCUGGGUGCACUUUAAUUGAGGUCAAUGGCUACCAACAUGUCUUUACAUCCAGCGACCAGUCACAUCCUCAAGCAGCAGCUAUUUAUGCAAAGCUGGAGGAGCUGAUGGAGAAGAUGAGGGAGGCUGGAUUUCACACGGAAACCAGCACAGCAUUGCAUGAUGUUGAGGAAGAGGAGAAGGAGUUGAUGGUCAAAGUUCAUAGCGAGAAAUUAGCUAUUGCUUUUGGACUUUUAACUUCUGAACCUAGAACUGAAAUCAGAAUCAUCAAGAACCUAAGGGUUUGUGUGGAUUGCCAUAAUUUCACCAAGUUUGUUUCCAAGGUCACAGACAGGGUUAUUGUUGUAAGGGAUGCCAACAGAUUUCAUCAUUUCAAAGAUGGAGACUGUUCCUGUGGGGAUUAUUGGUAAAAUGGCUUUUUCCUGCCGAGAAUGUUUAUUCAGCCUUUUGGAUCAUUAUGGAGGUCAGUGGAGCCAAUGUGUUUUUACAUUGUGCUUAGAUCCACUUCUUAUAGGAACAAGGGCAGCGGGAUAGGUCAAACCACUUAUCGAAUGGGCAAUGUCAAAGUUUGAGGGGUGUACAUCAGAGCCCACACAGGGGAGGAUACAAGAUCCCUGAUAUAUCAAGAUGCUUGUGUGCACUCCAAAGAGCAUGGCCUUGAAAAGGGAAUUAUGAGCAUGCUAGCAGUUGACUCCACAUCGCU